AUGGCGCUGGCAACUCCCACCGCGGGCGGGCCUGGCGCCUCCACUGACCUUACGGGGUCCUCAGCUGCUCCGUCUGCCUGUCCGUCUUCCUGCGACGACUUUGUCUUUCCGUUGGCAAGCUUGUCUGAAGCGCAGCAGUGGGAGGAAGAGCAGAUGCACGACGAGUCCACGAAUCUCAUUUCUCCUUUCUGUCCGGCAUCCGAGGCGCAGAUCCACGCUGCCCUCGCCUUCGGAAACGUGACUCCCUCCGAUGUUGUUCUGGACCUGGGCUGCGGCGACGGCCGUGUGUGUCGCACGGCUGUUCGCCUCUUUUCCGUGUCACGAGCUCUCGGCGUCGACAUCAAUCCGUUUCUCGUGAAGGAAGCCGAAGCUCUGACGCGAGAAGAGUUCCCCUCUUGCUGUUCUUCGUUGGAGUCUUCGCGGUUCCACUUCUUCGAGCUUGGCAUUCCAGCUGAUGAGGACGAUGAAGACAGUGAGCAAGGCGAGGACGGCGGCGGGAUCCCAAGGAAGUCAGGCACAGCAGUUUUGACAAGUCGGAGGUUGCUCCUCACAAUCUCUCGAUUUGUGAACGACGUCGUGAAUCUCUCGGCGUUUGCGGGGGUGGCCUCCAAGCUCGUCUGUGUGGAGAGGAAAUUUGAGUGGAUGCAGCGCGCGUCCUUCAUGGUUCGAGUCCGCUUCGAGGAAAAAGUCUGCAUGCCUACGUCGUCCUUUCUUCCCGCCAGGCAACAAACGAGCGUCUGGUUUGCCAGGGACCAGCCCUCUGGAAGCCACCUUUUCGUGAGAGAAACAGGGAAAACUGUCGCUCUGCAUCGACGCAAAAAAAACUGCACAAACAAGUGACGUUCCUCUCAAGAAAAAGAAACGGGCUCUUUACCGAAUCUGAAGUUUUGAGGACAGUUUUCACUGCCAGCACAUCUCGUGUGGACUGUGUAUUUGGAGACCAUAGAGCAGGACGCUCUUUU